AUGUUAAUCCUGGAACUGAAGGUGAGCCUUAUUGCUCGAGUUGCUACAGCUCUGCAGCCGCUUCUAAUUUUGGAAUUCAUGUUAUCAAUUAAGGUGUUUCUUGAUAAGGCAAGUGCAGCGGAAACACUUGGAGGGUUCGUAGAAUUGUCAUGUACUACCGCCUUUCGUCGUUCGCACCACAAAACCUUCUCAGAUUUAAUGAAUGCUUUACACGCAGAACCAGGAGAUGCACAGGUUAUAAUGAAUAACCUACUAGCGGUAAUUAGGAUACUCGAAGCUUUGAACUUGAAUUACGGAGGAUAA